CUUUUAACUUGAAAAAAGGAAACAAAGAAACCCCACAAAAGCCUCCCAUAUGCCAAAAAUGCAUCAUUGCCUAAACCCACAAGCAUUCACCAUCAACACUAAUUACACUCUUUUGCUUUCUUUCUUUCUCAUAUCUUUCUUCUUAUUACAAUCUCUCUUCAUUCUCAUCUUAAAACCCUAAUCAAACAAACGAAACUCACACAAGUUUAUUUGUCCUUUUGAUCAUAGUUAAAAGGGCUCUUUGUUUAGUUUGUGCUCAAGUCUCAAUCUGAAACGGAUCAUUGAUUUGGACCACCUGGCGACUUUAACAAGAGAAAAGUGUUCGGCUCUGGUCCGGUCUUGUUACGUACCGUCAAAGACUACUUGUUCUUCUGGCGACAUUAUUAGUAAACAGAACACGAAAGUGGAAGAUGGUCUUGGCUUCCGAGGAGGAGGAGAAGGAGGAAGAAGACGGUUGCCAAAAAACCAGCCGUCAAAGAGACACGGAGGAGGAAGAAGCUGCACCGCCGUAUCCAGCGAGCCUUGCCAUCUCAAAAGCAACCUCAAGGUCAAAACGGAGGUUGAGAAAGGGUUGGAACAGAGGAAAGUAAGCUGGCCUGAUGCUCAUGGCAAAGAUAUUGCUCAUGUUCAAGAGUUUGAGCUCAGCGCAUCUGAGGACGGAGAGCAUGCAGGAAAGUCUAAAAGAAAAUAUUGUGGUGUCUGUAUAAUCCAAUGAAUAUUAUUAUUAUCCUUUUGAGUUUUGCUUCUUUUUUUUUUCUGUUAUUACUAGACUAUUAGUACUGUGUCUGAAAUGAGUUGAAUCUAUUAGAGCUUGUCGAAAAUUCACCAUUGAGAACA